ACACCUCGCACAUUUUAUUGUUCGUGGUAAGCAAACCAUUUCUCACUUCACCUGUAUCGUUCAUAAUCAAACUAGAUGUACAGCUGAUCGUUUGAUUGCUUUGAUCUGGCCGACCACCUCAGCAUCUUGUCAUCCAGAAUCCACAAAAAUCAGCUAUCUACUAGCCAGUGCUUGCAGGAGCUUGUUAAGAAAGAAGGAAAAGACCUCUGUUAAGUUUCCAGUAUCUGGAUAGUUUUAAGAAUUUGGAUUAUAUUACUCAUAGCUGAUCAUGGCCGCAACUGUCUCUACUGUCACUGAUUUGAGCAGCAGUGAGAAUCCACCUACAACUGAAUCAGGGUCUUCUAUAUCACUUUCCACUGAGUACUAUGAUUACGAACUUCUUGAUGACUUCGGGAUGUGUGUGUAUGAGCGUCAUGGGGCCAGAUUUCUUCCAGCCCUCUACACCAUCUUCUUCCUCCUGGGCCUUCUUGGAAACUCUCUGGUCAUCUGGGUCAUUGCCUGUGGGGUGCGACUCCGCAGUAUGACUGACGUGUGCCUCCUAAACUUAGCCAUCGCUGACCUUCUCUUGGUGUGUUCCCUUCCCUUCCUAGCCCACCAAGCCUGGGACCAGUGGCAGUUUGGGGAUGCUAUGUGCAAGGUGGUCCUAGGCAUUUAUCAUAUUGUUUUUUAUUGUGGGAUAUUUUUCAUCAGUCUAAUGAGCAUUGACCGGUACUUGGCUAUAGUUCACGCUGUUUACGCUAUGAGAGCACGGACACGGUCCUUUGGACUGAUUGCAGCUGCUGUUACAUGGGUGGCUGGAUUUUUGGCUUCUUUCCCUGACCUGAUCUUUCUCAAACAGCAGACUAGUAGUAAUGCAUCUCAGUUCUGCUUCCCUGCAUCUCCCAAAAUUGAUUUGAAAGAUAACAGUUCUUACAACCCCCACUUCUGGGCGGUCUUUAGCCUUUUUAAAAUGAACAUUUUGGGUCUAUUUGUCCCUGUUUUCAUCAUGGGUUUCUGCUACUCACAGAUUGUCUGGAGACUGCUGUACAGCCAGUCAUCCAAGAAACAGGCCAUCCGUUUAGUUUUAAUAGUGGUAGCUGUCUUCUUCUGCUGCUGGGUCCCCUACAAUGUUGCAUCGUUCUUCAAAGCACUGGAACUACUGCAAAUCUAUGCAGAAUGUGAAAGCAGCAAAGUCAUCAGAUUGACUUUACAAGUGACAGAGGCUAUUGCCUACUCUCACAGCUGCCUUAACCCUAUCCUGUAUGUGUUUGUUGGGGAGAAGUUCAGGAGGCACCUGCUGAGGUUGAUAAACAGGACUCCCUGCAGACUGUGUCAGGUGAUCAAGGCCUGCUUACCUCAGGACAGGAUACUCGGGUCAGUCUACUCACAAACCACCAGCCUGGAUGAGAGAAACAGUGCUGUGAUAAGUGCGGUGUGAUAUGCGUUUUCCUGUUACUUCUAUCUUCAUCAUCUUCACAAUGACAGCAUUGCUUGUGAAGUCAAAAGAAGUCUGACUAAUAUUCACGUUUUGUGGGCUAUUAUAUAUAGAAGGAAAUAUGGUAUAUGGAAAUGAGUACACUUUGCAGUCAUUAUUAUAGGUCUAAACAUGUAGCCAAUACACCAAAUUAAAAAAACUCUUCAUCAACUAAAAUGUGCAUUAUAGGCUACGUCACAGUCUGGCACCUCUUUCAUUUCCUAUAGCUAACGAAGUCUUGGAAGAAAACAAUAUAAUAGUGCAUGGACAGAUUUGUUUUCCUUUUUUUUUUUUCUGGCCAAGAUUGUUCUUUAGAAAGUAAAGGUUGCCGACACCUGGGUUAAAGAAGUAGGAAUUAGUCAGUGGUGGAUCUUUAACAAUACAGGAAAGUAAAUAUGACUAUGUAUCAGUUUGAGGGACACAAGUCUGAUCUUAUGGUCUUAUGAUGUUGUAAAUAGAAUGUAAGCACAGUAAGUAUGUACAUUUACAUAUUUUUAUAUAACUUUAUAAGUUCAGUGGAAUACAUAUGAAUGUAUAAUGGAAUUGUACUGUAAAUAUGGUUUAGAAUACUUGACAGUCUUUGUUGAAUAAAAGAGGAAACAGAUUGGAUCUGCAACAAAAAAAACAAGACAGAGUCUAAUCAAUUUAGAUACUGACUAUUUACCUUGCAUUCAAUUAAGGGGAAAUGGCAUGCUGAAAAUGAAACAAAUAUUUUUUUAUUUACACAUAAUGACCACUCUCACAUAUACUUCAGUUUUGUGUGUACCAAAGCUGUUGCAGAGCAAAAAGUCCCUGAUGCAUCUGGCAAUGUUAGUAUUGCAAAUUUCAAAGCAUCUGCUGCAGCAGGUUUGCACUUAACCUCAACCUACAGAAAACCACCACCUGAAAGGGGAAGUGCGUAACCAAGCUGUCAGCUAAACCUUUGCAGUCAUUGCUGUACUUUAGGUUAGUUACUCUACUUGUGUUUGUCACAUUUAAUGAAGAUAUUGAUAGAUAUCCUGACAUUUAGAGCCAAGUGGGUCAAGGUCCAUAAACACCAGAUCUUACAUUUUUCAUAAUGCAGUCCCCUCCCUGACCCAUGUCUUUAAAAGCCCAUUUUGUAAUCCAGGCUUCCUGUCACGUAACACCUCAAAGCCCAUGCUGAGACACCUUGAAAACAUCACUAUGAUAUCAUCACGUUGUACUCAACUAAGCUCAUUUAGAAGGGUGUGUGGUAGUCGAGUAGCUGUGAUGUAUAAGCCUACCAUUUAACCACAACAUCCCCAUUUCUGUCCCUGCAUUUCCUGUCAGUAGCUUUACUUUUGCUUUGAGAGGACACUCUGUUAUUGGCCUUGACUGAUAAAAAUGACUGAUGUGUCAAAUCAGUGGAGACCCCCUUUAACAGCAUGUGUUUGAGGCAGGGUUUUCAUUCUCAGAAAUAAACUAUGAUACACACACGCUGAAAACAGAGUGAAGAGUGUUAUUACCAAUAAUAAAGACCUGAGUUGGUCUGCAGAGCAACUGAGUAUAAGUCACCUCAUACUACUGAACACUCCGAUUACUCAGUACUUUUUGACAGUUUUUAUUUCCCUCACAGAAUAACUCUGUGCAGUAAGGUAAAGUACGGUAAAGCAGCAUGUUUUCUUGGUUGAGGUAUUUUCAAUUAUCUUUUACUGAAUUACAUCAUAUGGAGUUUCCAUCAUCUGUAUCAUGGUGUGUCUCAUGAGAUAUUAUUUUGUACAAUGUUUUUGUUUCCAUUUUAGUUUAUUCUAUUCUGAACAGAAGCAUAUUGUGAGAAUUUUCUGUUUAUGUGUUUGUCACAGCAACCAUGAAUGUCCCAAAACAAGCAGAUAUUUUUUUAAUGUUGAUGUCAUGUUAAAUAUGUAUGUAUCAUACUUCCCUUCUUCAAUAAAACUGUAUUAUGGAAAUA